UUAUGAUAAGUCAUAGAUUAAUAUUGACUGAAUUAGAACCGACUAUUCUUUAUGUGAUGUGAGUAGCAAUAAUUGGAAACGUUGGGAACAGAAUGAAAGUCGAUUGGGGUUUAACUUAUCGUCAAAGCUCUUCUACCUGAACGUAUGGCGUCUGGCCUUUGAGCGCGUAAAUCAUUUUCGUCUUCUAUUGGUUUUCAAACAAUCUAAGUAUGUUAAAUAUAUACAACAAAUAAAAAACAUUCGAACGUAAAAGAUAAGACUAUCAGCCGUAGAUUAAUUACUUUAUACUUAGCUACAUCACAAUCUGCAAGUUUUGGAGGCAAAUAGAAGUUGAAAUUAUGCUGAUCAAUUAGUUAGGAGAAGAACUCGAGCCAGUUCACAAGAAAUACCACAAUCCAGCAAUCAAUUAAGUCACUAUUACUUUAUUCGUCCUAAAAUAAAAUUAACAGCUAUAUCUGACCCCGUCAAUUUUUGAAUGAAGUUUCAUUAGAUUCAUAAAUUUCUCCUUAAAAUUAAAAACCGAGGCUAGAUGUGCAGUAACUGUGAUUGUAAUAGCAGUAGAUGUCGAUCAAAUGCAAAAAUGUUUGGUGGAAUUGGUUGCGUUUUAGUCCUUGUUACUGUUAUUGCAGUGCUGGUAGUGACAAUGACUGAUGCCUUGGGAGCUGACGAUAUUGUUGUUACAAUCCCGGAGUUGGGAUCUUUACUAGGAUCUGUUGGAAAAUCAGGAUGGAGCGGAAAAGAUAUUUAUCAAUUUCGUGGAAUACAUUUUGCCGAAUCGCCAAGUGGAGAAAGACGUUUCAAGCCUCCAGUUCCCCGCUCACCAUGGUCUGGUGUCAAGGAUGUUCGGGAAAAUGAUAUCACUUGUCCGGUUAUUACAUUUAUGCAGGCUUUAACGCCUGAGCAAUUAGAAGAGCGCGAUUGGGAAGAUUGCCUGCAUUUGUCUGUCUACACGAAAGACUUUUCUGCAAAUUUGCCUGUCAUGUUCUACAUCCACGGUGGAGGAUUCACUAAUGGUUCUGCCCGAGACCAUCCGCCCGGUUAUCUACUCGAAAAUGAUGUGGUUCUAGUUGUAACACAAUAUCGACUUGGCGCUUUAGGUUUCUUAGCAACAAACACAGACGCGAUCUCAGGUAAUGUAGGAAUCCUUGAUGUGCUUCUAGCCCUCGAAUGGGUUCAAAAUAAUAUACGUCACUUUGGCGGAGACCCUAGUCGAGUUACAAUUUUCGGACAAUCCGCUGGAGCAGGAAUUGUGAGCUUGCUCACUAUGAGUCCUGCGGUUAGAGACGGCUUAUUCCAUCAGGUGUUAAUUCAAUCGGGUUCGGUGUUUAGUCAGUGGGGAUGUGAACGUCAUCCUGUGCUGAGGGCUCGAACUAUAGCCCAGCAGGGUGGUUGUAGUGAUGUUAAUGAUUUAGACACAGUUAAUAAAUUCUUUAUGGAUUUGCCGGUCAUGAAACUAUUAGAGAUUACGGAAUUUUCGAGCUUCAGGCCAACACUUGGGGAUCUGAAUGGAGUUGUCCCGGAAACUCCAAAGAAAUUGUGGAAUAAAAGUACGAAGAUCUAUCCGGCUAUGGGAGGAGUGACGAAGCAUGAUGGAACCUUCCAAUUGGCAAACAUAUAUAAUGUAAUAGGACCCCAGCUUGAAACCAGUAACGAUGCUAUCCAAAUGAUCGAAGAUAUUUCAAUAGGCCUAGGAAUCAAUGAUGAUACGGGCUACAUAAGCGUUAUGUCAAUGCAUAUGUUCUUCACACAAGAGGAGCUUGAGCGUGGCAACUUUAGGGAAAUGCUUCCAGCGAUCGUUGAUAUGAGUAGCAAUGUAGUCAUCAAGUCCCCAACUUUUCGAUUCUUACAACUGAAUUCCCUACGGAAUCCUCAAAAAACUUUCUUAUACACAUUCGACUACGCUGGUGAGCCUACCCGGUUCGGAUAUGGUCAUCCAACUGAUCAUUUGCCAUUUAAUGGUGGCGUCCAUCAUUCGGAUGAUAAUAUCUACAUAUUUCCCACGAUUCCCUUGAAUGCAAAGGAUAUUGAAAUAGCAAAGAAAAUGUCAAGCCUAUGGACAUCAUUUGCAACGACAGGCAUUCCGCGCGUGGAAGGAGAAGUAGAUUGGCCACCGAUGACAAGAAAAACUGGUCCAUAUUUGCAUAUCAACGAAACAUGUAGUGUUUCUGAUGAUUUCAUGAAGGAAUUUACAGUGACGAAAGAUGAUGAAAGCAACAGUAUUGUACGCCCUCCGGCUAUUAGUAAAUUAUAAUGAUAAGUAUUUUAGCAUUUACAUAGUAGAAUUUUUACUAUAAUAAAAUCAACAGAAUAUAUGUAUA